ACAAAAUGACUGUUGAGAACUUGAGAAUGGAGCUUUUGGACAUGGAAACUCAGCUUCAACAUGACAGUGACACUGCUAAUGAACAGAUUCGAUCUCUGGAGGACAAUGUCCGCAGUGAAAAACAGAGAAGAGAGGACGCAGAGCAGGAACUCUUAAAACAAAAACAGGAAUUACAAUACAACAUUGAGGAGCUGAGGAAGACAAAAAUGAAUUACCAGACGUGUAUCAAGGACAGAGAGGCGGAGAUUGAGAAACUUAGAAAUCAGAUCAUGACCAAGUCAAUGAGUUCAUCUACUGAGAAUGAGUUGGAGGCUCGAGUAAAAACAUUGACAGAGAGUCUUAUACAGAAACAAACAACACUGGAGACACUGAGCACACAGAAGAACUCACUGGCCUUACAGCUGGAGAGAAUGGAGCAACAAUACAAGGAUAUCCAGUCCUCCUCAUUGAGGACAAACACCACAGUUGUCAAUGUUCACGAUGAUGAAGAAGCAGUCCGACAGAGGUACCCUGGCUUUAUGAGGGAGACCCCAACAGAUCAUGAAGUCACAAAGAAAAUGAAAAGGGCUGCUAAUGUCAUAGACAAAUUCAGCAUAAGACUUGGAGUGUUCCUCCGGAGGUAUCCCAUAGCCAGAGUGUUUAUUCUGAUGUACAUGGUGUUGCUUCACAUUUGGGUGAUGAUUGUACUUUUGACAUAUCAACCAGAGAUGCACAGUCACGGUCCAGGAAGCCCCAUCCAGCCAGAACCACCCGGCCCAGGGCAAUAAUCACAGGGGGUCAAGGUCAUUGUAACGGCUGUGAUAAUCCAUACCUGUAGGUUCAAAUAAGGGCUGACAGUGCAACAAACAUAUAUAAAAGGGGCUUUUUUUAAUAUUUAAGUGCAGACUCUGUUUAUGUGCUUUCAAAGCACUAAAAAAUAUUAAGUGCAGUAUUUGAUUUGCAAAGGUAGUACAUUUACCUAUAUAUUGAGUAAAAUGUUUUCAAUUCAUUUUCCUUUAGUGGUUGAGUGGGGGAGUAGAUUCCAUCGUAAACAGUUUUUCCUCUGCAUAAUAGGCUUAAUUACAAACUGAUACUGAAUCAUUUUAAGAUGCCUUUUAGCAGAUGA